AUGGGCAUCGGCGUGGCUAGCGUAGGUGUGAGAUCGUCGGGUGUGGCGACGUGCGAGCCUUCCCCUUGCCUUAACGACGGACGGUGCGUCACCGAGGGAGGAAACCACACCUGCCUGUGCUCCAGCGGGUACACGGGGGCCUUCUGCCAGGUGAAAUGGUGCGAAAUGACGCCAUGCAUCUGGGGCACGUGCGAGACCGGAGGCCCCGACGGCUUCGUGUGCGUCUGCAGGCGAGGCUACGGCGGCAUCAGGUGCCAGGACCGCGUCUCCCCUUGCGACGGCGACCCCUGCCAGAGCCGCGGCGUUUGCACCGCCGUCAACAAUACCUUCCAUUGCCAGUGCCACGCCUGGUGGGAGGGUGAGAGGUGCGAGACCAGGAUGCUGCGGAUCCCGUACAAGCCCCUAUCCGAGCGCAUGUUCGAGGAGCCCUUCUGGCUGGGCCUCAUGACGGUCGCCAUCGUCAUGGGCUGCAUCGGCGUCGUGUUCUGCAUCAAGAAACACUUCGCUGAGAAGAUCGAGAAGUUUUUCGCCGAAGAGAUCGAGAAAAGCAAAUACGUGAAUUCUAAAACACUGUCUAGGUUCAGAACAGAUAACAUCUGGGUCUACGAGUUAUAA